AUGCCAGAUUACAAGUUCUACUACUUUGAAGUUCGUGGAGUGGGAGAGCCCGCUCGAAUGGCCUUUCAUUAUGGUGGAAUCCCAUUUGAAGAUAUUAGAGUGCCUCAACAAGAAUGGCCGGAUUUGAAGAAAAGCAAGUUGAAAUUUCAGCUUCGUUAGAUCGGCAACCAAUAAUUGAAGAAAUUCUAACUUUGAGAGAGCUAUUUAAAGAUAGCAUCGCAUAUCUAUAAUACAUAAUCGGACUUUUAUGUCGGAAGCUCUUGUUUUUUAAUCUUUGCUUUUCCUGCGUCUCCAUGGGAAAGUCAUGUAAACACUGUGUUUUCCAAAAGUUGUAGUUUCAUAAUCAUCGUCCUAAACGCAUUUUUGAUACGCAAGAUGUUUGAUUUCCCUACGGCAAAAAAAACGUUGGCUUCGGAAAUCCUGUUUGUCUACAUUUAACUUUGCACGUAAACUCACAGUGGUUCGUUUUGAACGUCGAAAAUCUUUGUAGGCCAGCUGGAACAACGUUUAUAAUUUAGUCAUUCUGACAUGGGUCAAAAAAACUUUAUUUAUUUUUAGAAAUGCCACAAGGAACUGUGCCUUGUCUUUUCAUUGACAACGGAAAAAUCAAGCUGUCUCAGAGCUCGGCCAUCGCAUUGUAUAUUGGGAGGAAAGUGGGUAAGUCAUCGUCUCAAUCUAUAAAAUUUUUGAUUUUUUGCGGAUUGGCAAUACUUGCAUAACUUCAGGACUAGCUGGCCGGACCGAAUUAGAAAUGGCAAGAGUGGAAGAGGCCAUCGCAACGUAUAAAGAUCUAUACACCAAGAUGGCUGAUUACUGCUACACGAUGACGGGUUUCAAAGACAUGGACAAGGUAUUUUUACACUUGGCUUAAACUCUAUGUAGGGUGGUUUUAUAUAGCUAAACAUCGCCAAGAAAUCGGUCAAAAAAGCUUUCUCGUAACCCUUUUUGGGAAAAAAAGCCAAAAAAUCUGACGUGGGGUGUACAACAAAAAAACCUGAUCCAAUGGCAAAAAAAGUAUCCUUUUGCAUCCAGGAAGUAUCACAAAAUGUAGCAAAAUGCCUCCAUCUCCAAGUGAAAAAACUCUGAUUUUAAACGAGAUUUUUUUAGCUGGAGGGGAGGAAUUUUACUACAUUUUUGAUACUUCCUCUAUGCAAAAUGAUACUUUUUUGCCAUCGGAUCAGGUCCUUCACUGAACAGUCUAUAUUCGGAUAAUUACAUAAAUUUUCGUUUCAAGGACGAACUCUACGAAAAGCAAGCCAAACCGGUCAGCGCACAAUACUUCACACUCUUGUCCAAGAUGCUGAAGAAACAUCACAACACCUUUGUUGCGUCGCAAAAGCCUACGGUCGCCGACUUUUUCUUCGCCGAGUAUUUGUCAUCGGUAAAUGGUUUCGCCCCCGAACUUUUCAAGGGUCAUGAGGGACUACUGGACUACGUGAAAAGAGUCCAUUCGAUUCCGCAAUUGCAGGAUUACCUGAAAAAACGGCCCAAAACUGCCUGGUAA